UGGAUUUUUUUUUUAAGAUUUUUAAUGAAUAUAGUUAAAAGUUAAUAAGUUUGUUGCUAGUUAAGGAUGGUUGGAGUAGAACCGCUAGAAACGAGUGGGGGAGAAAAACAUUCCUCAGAAAAAAUAGAAGACGGUGAAAAAGAUACUCAAAUAGGUGGAAACGCAGACAGCGGAUACCACAGUUUUAGUUGUUCUUCAACUUGCUGUUGUCAGAAGGAAACUGCUAAAAUGAUUACAACGUCUCUCGGACACGACGAAGAUUUUUCACCCCCCACAAUGGGGCAGGGAUUUACUACUAAAGGAUACCCCCCAAGGACGUUGUAUCCAACUAGACCCAUGGGUGAUAUAAACGUUAUUUCUGAACGCGCUUACAAUAGUUUACCAGACGCAAGUCUGUAUUCCUCAAAGUUAUUGGAAAAAGACUCGAAAAAAAGUAGGGAAGAGGAAGCAGUUGAACUGGCAGAAAAAAUAUCAUUUUGUUUAAAACUUGGGUAUACCCCGAAUCAAGUUAAAACUAUAUUAAAAGAGAUCGGGCACAAUGCGUCUAAAAAUGAUAUUCUUUCUGCGUUGGGAGAUUACGCAAAUUCAAGCACAGCCAUCCUGGACACUGAUACCUAUACUGAAAGCGGCCAGAUCUUAGACUCAAGCGGUCAAAGAUCUUCUGAAUUGGUUCCGCGCGGACCUUCGACCGUUGAAGAUGACAAUAAAGAAGAUGAAUCGAGUGCGAGCGACAACUUGCGACCGAUUGUCAUUGAUGGCAGUAACGUAGCAAUGAGUCAUGGAAACAAAGAAUAUUUCUCAUGCAAAGGAAUUCAACUGACGGUGCAAUAUUUUCUUGAUAGAGGGCAUAGGGAUAUAACUGUUUUUGUACCCAAGUACAGAAAAGAGCAAACCAGACCUGACGCCCCAAUAAAAGAUCAAGACAUCUUGACAAAACUUCAUGCGGAUAAAAUCUUAGUCUGGACACCAUCAAGACAUGUCAGCGGCCGAAGAAUAACCUGCUAUGAUGACCGAUUUAUUUUGAAAUUAGCUGAGAUGACACAAGGAGUCAUAGUCAGUAAUGAUAACUUCAGAGAUCUGCAGAAUGAAAAACCAGAAUGGCGAGAGAUUAUUGAAAAGCGUCUCCUAAUGUAUUCAUUUGUUAAUGACAGGUUUAUGCCUCCUGAUGAUCCACUUGGGCGUAACGGUCCAAGCCUUGAUAACUUUUUACGUCUCCGACCUCCCACGGAAGAGAAAAAACGGUGCCCUUAUGCUGAAAAAUGCACUUAUGGUAAAAAGUGUAAAUUUUUUCAUCCGGAGUGCUCGUUCCCGCAACGUUCUGUGAGUGAACAAAUCAAAGAACGCUCGCCGAAUAGCGCGUCAAUUCAAAGACUAACUUAUGACAUUUUAAAAGACUCACAGAGGACUACAAGCCCACAGACAAAUACCGGUGCUCAACUAAAUAAGGUCAGCAAGCCAUCAGAUUUAACUCCUAAAGGCCAGGAAGAAGGAGCUCGUGGGACCCCGUCACCAUCAUCUAUGGGUGCUUGUGGGGGCUCAUCAUCGAGUAACCCCCAUCAAACCCCAUCUUUACCUAACAUGACUGCUGUCACAUCUGAAAUGCAGGCAAUAAAAUUGGGGCCUUAUAAUGGUUACCCACAAAGUGGGGGUUACCCUACAUACCCUUUCAACGAAAAUAACUCCCAUUCAACUGGUGCUGAACAGCAAAAUGCAAACCCAAUGCAGCCUGGAAUAGGACAUUUAGCCCCACCAUCUUUGCACAGUCAGACGAGGCGUAAUGUUGCGUCUUCUGCUAUUCAUCAACAACACCCCCAUUUGGCAACAAUGAACAUGCCCCAUAGUUCACCCCCCGCUGUCAUGUAUGACAGAAGCUACCUGGGACAACAAACUGGAGCAAUGGGGGGCUUCAACAACAUGACUUACCCCAGUUUUCAUCAGCAGCAAGUCCCCCCACUACCCCAAUAUCCUCCCCAACCCCCGUACCCUCAAAAUCAUGACGCUAUGAUGCAGUGGCACCAAGCUAUGAUGCAGCAUCAUAUGCUGAUGAGCCAGAUGGGCAGUAUGCAAUCUCACGCCAACUCCCAACCUCACAUGGGUUAUCAAUAUGGGUUUCCCCAGUCACGGCUCCCUAUGAUGCCCCCUACAAGCCUUUCAAACCCAAAUAAUUUACCAAAUUCUGGUAACCGCAUGGUACCACAUAUGGGUGGGCGUGACCCCAUUUAUGAAAAUGCUAACAGACAACCAUACUCGUCCCCUGUACCCCUCAAUCACCAACAAAACCUAAUUCAAAGACAAGUACACCCCCAGUUACCCCCAAUACAACAAAACUCUGUCCCACAAGGACCUUCUUUUACCGAUCCCUCGAACCCACGUUACAAUUUAUUUAAAAACUUAUGCGGAUUGUUCAAUCGAAACACAGUGGAACGAGUCAUGAAGCAAAACCCGAAUGAAAACGAUGCGAAAACCCUCGCUAAAAUGUGCCUGGACAUGGACAACUAAUAAAAAAAAAUGUCUAAUCAAAAUGGACAAUAUCGAGGGCUUCUCCAUGACAGAGAACGCCUUAUAAAAAGUCUUUCGUGCAAAUACAAGACAGUACCCUCUCCCUGAUGUAGAAAGUGCCGCAUCUCGGUGACUUUACGCGGAGUGGAAAGCACUCCAGGUCCGCAGAAAUAUCACCAUUGUCUGUGAAUUUUUCUUCCGUAAUGGGAAUUAUACAUCGACAAUUAAGCGACGUCUUUUGAUGAAGAAUUUCGUCAACUGAAAAGUAUUUGUUACCAUAUAAGGUGAGCGGAGAAGUAUGGGAAUAUGAAAUAGCCAAACCCGCCCGUAGUUUUGUAUCAGUAGUACGGGAAGCAAUACCGUACACCGUCGUGUUAUGUUAGUUUUGUAUGUGCUGGCUGUAAAUUGUGAUAUUUUUAUAAAGCGAGAGAAUUAUGUAUGGUUUUAUAGAAAAUAUUUAGGUAUCUUACGAAGUUUUAUUAUGGCGUUGAUUUUAAAAUUGGUAGUUGAAUGCUAUUCUUAAACAAAUAAAAUUGGUUCUAAAUUUUUAAGAAAAAGGGCGAAAUUUCCAAUAUAUUUUUUAAUUUUAAAUCACAACAAAAUUACGAAGAAUAAUUGUAUGAAUCAUGCCACUCACUAUGUUAGAAAUAAGUACUUUAUUAUUUAUGUUUACUAGCAAGAAGUUCAACAUAGAUCAUUGAAGCCUUAUUUUACCUUGUUUUUUUAUUAAAGUAGCAAAGUAUUGUGUUGAAAAGCCGUAAUUAUUUCUUGUAAUCCCCUUUAAUAAUAAUUUUUUUUAAGUCCAACUCCCUGUUUUGGUAAAUUUUUACCGCUGAAAAUUCGACAAUUUUUUCGAUAGUCCUCUGUUAUUAAAUUUUUAUAUGCCGCCGCCUUUGUAUUUCUGACAAUUUUGAUAUUAGGCUGUAAGGACAAAAAUUUUUGACAAUCCCCUCGGUCAUUUUUAUGCCGUCGCAUUUUAAUUCGAACAGCCUUAUAUCAGUCAAUUAUUCAAUUAUUUUUUCCUGUUUUGGUUUUUAGGCUCGAUUUUUUUUUAAUAACCCAAUCCUCCCGUUGUCAAUAUUUUCACGUCGUAUUGGCUCAAUUCGCUAUCUCGAAACUACCAUUUCGGUAAAUUGAU